UUUUUGUGUAUAUUAAUGCUAUGCACUGAUUAGCAUAGCUCUUCCCAGAACAAUGGGCUCCCCCAAGGACCAAUGGGGAGUCUUCCUCCACCAAUGUCUAAAGCGUCGCAUAGAUGUGCUCGAGUUCAGAGACCUCUCGAAGAUCCUGCUAUCUCGAUGUCCCGUGUCUGAAUUAGCACUGCUCGAUUUACUAUUAGAAUCCCCGACAAGAACACAUUUGAAAUGGGACCCUCUACUACCCCUUUACAUAGAUUGUCUGCGCAAGCUGGGCAAGUUAAAGGCCUCUACUGUUUUGGUGUCCCUUUUGGAACAUUCCUCCGUUCUAGAUAAGGUUCCCGCUCAGAAAUUGUCACCUUUGCAAGAUGAGUCUUCGGAGAAGGGGAAAGGGAAACCACCACAGCAGCAAUCGAAGCCUAGGGGGGGGAAUGGCUACUCGACCUUUAUGCGGGAUAUCAGGGUUAUUCAGGACAUUAUGCUAUCCGUCUCGACUGGUCAUAUCCCUGCAACGUCUGCAGAGGCCGUUGGUAUCUUCUUUGCAAUCGCUGAGUGGAUCUUGGCUGUUGUCGCCUGGAAUCAUGGUACUGUGGAUGACGAGCAGCAGACUGGUGGGUUUAUGAGUUCUGCGGAUGCGAUAUCAUUGUUUGAGUCUCUGGGAAUUCUUCUUGCUGCCCUGUCUGGAAGCAGGAAGGGGUUGGAGGUUCUAUCUGUUCAUAAUCAUGAAGCUCUCAAGGUCAAGCUCGGUCAGGCACUCUCUGCUUAUUUACCCCUUUGUGCUGGGUUAUCCUUGCCACUUCGCAACAGGUUGGAUAUUCUGCAGAAGGAUUUUCAUCUUUACGAGGGUUCAAGGGACCCAGCUGCUAAGGCUUUGGAGGAUUCUAUGAUGGAUGGUGUCAAUGUGAAUGCUCUUCAAUUUGAAGCGUCCGUUAUGGAUGAACCUGUUAUAAACUCCAGAGCUGGUCUCUAUAUAUACGUAAAUGCGAUGCUCGUGGGACGCCCAUUAGUCGACGACAAUCUGCUCGUUAAUUAUUUAAACAAUCGAUAUGGAGGACAAUACGAAGUUCUCGUCGAAGAGAUCAUCACAGCCACAUUUGACGUCCUUUCAAACGCGAUGUAUCGAAACGAAUCUAGCCGGCUGAUGUUCCUGUUCCGCUCAUUCCUAGUAAACAAACUCCCUACUUUCUUUGCGGCCAUGACUGCAGCGUCAAUGAUACCUAUCCCAAUGGAGUUAUGUAUCAGUCGAGCUCUUAACCGGCUAGAUCCAAAUACGUUUCCUUCAUUCUCUCAGAUGUUUGCCAUGCAAGGCAACACGGUCCUGUCGGACGUAAGGCAGGAAUUUUUGUUUUCUUGCGCUUCUCAUAGACUCAUACCCGAGUCGAGCAUCGAGCGUCUUCUAGGAGAAAAUCCCAUGCAGACUCUGCCCAUGGGCGGCCCAUAUUUGAAGGAUGAUCUCGUAUCACAGAUUAAUGUCAGCCCUGACCGUACGGAGCAAUUGAUCAAUGAUCUCGAAUCCAUGGAAGGCAAUGCUGGCGCGAUAGUCGGUGCAAUUACUGAGGUCAUGCAUAACCUUUGUAACCAGAAAGAAACAGUAACACUAAAAGGCAUCUGCAAUUCAUUGUCACGCCGGCCACUGGCUCUGGAUGUUAUCCUGCUUUUCCGAAGCCCUAAGCAGGUUCUGCAGCCUCUUUGCUCCCUGAUCGAUACAUGGCAUUGGGAUGAAGAAGACCAAGGCGAAAACCAACCAGUCUACGAUGAAUUCGGAAGUGUUUUGUUACUUGUCCUUGUUUUCAAGUAUCGGUAUGACUUAAGUCCUUACGACCUUGGAAUCACUGGAACAGAUUCGUUUAUUUUGAAAUUACUGGAUCGCGGGUCGUAUAGCCAGAAACUCGAGGAACUGAGUGAAAAGCAGAAUGGAAAUCUCGGUGCCUGGAUUGGGGCUCUGUUUAUUGCCGAAGGAAUCAGUGAGGAAACCAUGUCGGCCUGUAGCCCUCAGGAGUUUUAUCUUCUCGUCUCUACCUUGUUCAGUCAGAGUCUAGGGGCAUGUGAAGCUGGGAAGUUGGAAUUUGAGACAUUAAAAGGGGGAUUCGAAUAUCUCCUUGAACCCUUCCUUCUUCCGUCUCUGAUAAUCGCUCUGGCCUGGCUAGGAAACCAUAUCUGGGAAUCAGAGAGCUACCCUACGAUCCCGCUGAGAACGCUUUAUUCACUGGUCAAACCCAACUCAAUAUCCGGCGAUGCGCAGGCCAUCCACAGCACAGUCUUGAAUAUCGUCUCGCGCACCUUGCAGGAGCAACUGAAGGACGUGCGGAACCGCCACCCGAGCGGUCCAGAUAUCAAGCCCCUCUUGGACACACUUGAGCCCUACCAUUCAUUCCAUCGUACGGGUAGCUGCCACCAUUCCGAGCUCGAGAAUUGGACGGGCCACCCUGGAGGCGGCGGUCUCUUAGGCAGCAUCCGCAGCACCUUCCAAUCCCUCGUUCUCUGGAGCACGAACCCAGAGAUCAGCAUGGCACCGCACUCGUACACGCAUCGACAAAUCCUAGCAGGCAUCCGAAUUCUGGGCUCGUGUCGGGUCCUCUCAGAACUCAUCGAAGAGCUAAAGUUGCAAACCGAAGCCGGAUCAGGACCUCUUGCCCUCGACCUGGCGGCGACGCUGGUCUGUUCUCCACUAGGCGAGUCCUUCGCAGUGGACCAAUACAACUACCACAAGCAGCACCAGCAACAAGGAGGUCGGCAACAACAUAUCCCCGAAUCCGCAAAGGAGAUCCUCCCCCGCUGCCCCAUCCUAACCCUCCGAGACGCACUGAUCCUGGAACACGAAAACGUGCCGCGGAUCUCCGAGAAAGAACCAUUACGCGCACAAGUGAUCGUCCGGCUACACCGGCGGGUGAACGCUCUCCUCGCACCACCAUCGCCACAAGUCCCGAAUCUAGAUCUCGAUAAUAUCAACAUCAUUCAAGAAAUGCAACUGGAUGGCCACGCAGAGAACAACACACAGUUGCAACAACACGGCCAUCCUUCAUCUCAUCUCGACCAGUCCGGUCUCGGAAACGGACAAGGAGCAGCAGACGAUGACAACGACCCGGAGAAUAUAAGCCGGAUGCUCAAUGAUGCCGCUGCAGCCGCGGCUGCGGGGAUGGAUAUAGAUGGCACGGUGCACCAUGGUUUGGGACUGGGAGGGGAGGGUGGCGCCACUGGUGGUGGUGAUGCUGCUGGGACGGGGUUGGACACGAGUAUUGAUGAUGUGUUGAAUGCGGCUGAUAUGGCGGUUGGGAAUCCGGAGUUUUUGGAUUUGGAUAUGGAGGGGAUGUUUUAGUCUGUAGUUUACUGUUAUACUAACAUUGUUAUAUAUCUCUGGGAGUACUAGCAGUGAGAGUAGAAACUAAUUCGAGACACUGAGAAGUAGAAAAGA